AUGUUCACAUUUUCUUCAUUGAGUUUCAUUCUUACCAUUUGUUUUCCUCAAUUAAUCCAAGGAGAACCGACACAUCAGAUCUCUAAGCUAAACUCUUUUACAAAAAUCCACAUUGCAGGCGGCCGAUUUGAUUUAAAGCUUUCACAGGACUCCAGUUCCACAUCAAUAGAUAUCUUUGCUGAUGACACCGCUCGACAUUUAGUCUUAGUCGAUGUUAUUCAAUCAGAUAUUCUUCUCAUUCGUAUGAUGGAAAAUCCAAAUUUAGUUAAUCAAAGCAAGAUUAUCAUAACAAUAACUUAUUCGAAUUUAACUGAACUUUUCAUUGACGGAAUGAUUAAUAUUCAAUGUCUGAAUCCUAUCAGAGUUGAUCAACUUUUAGUACAUAAUCGUGCAACUGGUUUUGUUAAAUUAAAAGUACAGAUUAACAUUCUCGAUGUAUAUUUACAUUCCAUUGGUCGAAUGAAAUUUUGUGGACAAGUUAACGAAGAAGCAACAAUACAUUCUCUCGGUGUUGGUGAUAUUCAAUGCAAAGGCUUGUUUACUAAAAAGGUCAAUGUUAUAUCAAGUGGAAUUGGAAAUAUUUAUGUCCAAGCAACAGAUGAAGUCAAUAUUAUUCUCAGUGGAAUCGGCACUGUUUUUUACACGGGACCAUUAAGAAAACAAAUACGUACAGGUUUAGGGAAUAUUAUUCAAAGAAUUGAUUAA